UAUUAUUAUUGGUCACCCGACAAUGAUAAUAAAUAUUAUUUGAUCAACAAAACAUCUAUCGUCGUAAAAUAGUCAUUUCGCGAAAUUUUGUGUUUUUUAAAUGGUGCGCAAGAUGUCGGAUUUGGAAUCAAGAAAACCCGAACUAUUCGAAGAAGUCAAACUCUUCGAAACAGCAAAAGAACGCGAAAGGUAUGAAAAUAUGGCAGAUUUGUAUGCCAUUGUAAAUACUCUGCAGCACUUGGAAAAAGCUUAUAUUCGCGACUGUGUUACUCCGAAAGAAUACACAGCAACAUGUUCAAAACUACUCGUUCAAUAUAAAGCGGCUUUCAAACAAGUACAGUGUGAUGAAUUUCCAACUAUCGAAGCCUUCGUUCAGAGGUACAAGCUAGAUUGCCCUGCAGCUUUACAAAGAAUAAAAGAAGAUCGACCCAUAACCAUUAUCGACGAUAAAGGAAAUACUAGUAAAUGUAUAGCUGAUAUAGUUUCGCUUUUUAUUACUACCAUGGAUAAGUUACGUUUGGAAAUAAAAGAAAUGGAUCAGUUACAUCCGGAUAUUAGAGAUUUAGUAGAUACCAUGAAUCGCCUUAGUUUACUACCACCAGAUUUCGAAGGUAAAAAGAAAAUUGGAGAAUGGCUGAAUACUUUGUCAUCUAUGAAAGCAUCCGAUGAAUUGACUGGAGAGCAAGUACGUCAAUUGCUGUUCGAUUUAGAAUCGUCGUAUAAUGAUUUUAAUAAAAUAUUGCAUCAAUCUUAAUCGCAUUGUUCAUUUUAUAUAAAUAUUGUACCUACUAUGUUUUAUAUGUAAUUAUCUAAGAAUUAUAUAUUCCAUUAAAAUUUUAUUUAUAUUA